CGGGAUCAUCCGCGCUUCCCUCCCGCCUUCUGGCCACCGCCCCGCAGAGAGCCAACGCGGCUCCCCCGGCUCCGACGGCGGCUCCUCGGCUCGGAUUGCAUCAGCUUCCAGCCCGCCCGGCUCCACCUUUCCCGCCGCCCCCCCCCCCCCCAGCCCCUCACCUCCCCGGCCCGGCCCCCAUCGCCCCUCCGGGGGUCUGCUAGCGCGGAGGAGGCGCCCCUCGGCGGGGAGCGGCUACCGAGCUGCAGCCCGGGCUCCCGGCCCGCUCCCCGCUCUCCUAAACCCAGGGAGCGGAGGGACCGGCCGCCGGCGAGGGGACAAGCGCCGCUUCCUUGAUUUUCCCCCUCCCGGGCUGCUGAAUCACGGGGAGGCCGCGGUCCCCGCCUUGCGCCCCCCGAGCCCGUGGACACCCGGCGCUGGGAUGGCGAUUGGGAGCCGCAGUGCCCACGCCCGCGGAGCCCGCGGCAGGGCCAGUGUGAGGCAAGGAUGGCUGCCGAUGGACUUGCCAGCAAGGCCCUAAAGGUGAAGCGGGAGCUGGGGGAGAACACGCCACUCCUGUCAGAUGAGGAGCUGAUGGGGCUGUCGGUGCGGGAGCUCAACCACCACCUGCGGGGCCUCUCCAAGGAGGAGGUGGCGAGGCUGAAGCAGCGCCGGCGGACGCUGAAGAACCGGGGUUACGCCGCCAGCUGCCGGGUGAAGCGUGUGUGCCAGAAGGAAGAGCUGCAGAAGCAGAAGAUGGAGCUGGAGUGGGAGGUGGACAAGCUGGCUCGGGAGAAUGCUGCCAUGCGUCUGGAGCUCGACACCCUCCGCGGCAAGUACGAGGCCCUGCAGGGCUUUGCCCGCACUGUGGCUGCCCAUGGCCCCCCUGCCAAGGUGGCCACCGCCAGCGUCAUCACCAUCGUCAAGUCUGGUGCCAACCAGGCCGCCUACUCCUAGUGCUGGCCUCCAUUCCCCGGCCUGGCACAGUCUUCCCGGGGUGCCUUCCCCCACCAGUUGCCUCCCACCCCUUCCCCAACCUCCUCCCUGCCAGGACCUGUGCCUGAAAUCCUCCUUCUCCCAUCCCUUGACCUCCAGCUCCCCCACGCGGGGGGGGGGGGGGGGGCUGCUACAGUUUGGGUGCUAGGGUGGAGGACAGGACCCCAUCAGUGAACCCCAAAGCCCUGCAGCCCUUUUCCCUCUGGGGGCACAGGUAGAAGAGUGUGAGCCUGUGCAGGCAGCAGUGGGGAAGCAUCCCACGGCUCCAAGCUGGCAGGAAAACCCCAAGCGCCUCAUUUCUUUGGGGAAGGCAUGGGAGAGCCGAGCAUGGGCCAGGCACUCCCAGGAGCAUGUACCAGGAUGGGAAAGGCAAGGAGGGAGCAAGGGAUAGAAGGAAUAGGAUGGAGAAAGGAUAUCAGCAUUAGCCCCAGAAUUUGGACCCUGGCUGGAGCAGGGGUAGAUGUAGCAGCAUGGUUGAGAGUCUAAGGAUGGAGGUGGUGAGGGAAGGUGACGUGUCAGAGUGUAAGAGAAAGUAGCUGCAGGUUGGUGGCUGGUAAGGGUAAGCAGGAUGGGAAAGUGCUGUGGCAGCCUGCGGUGCUGCAGAGGUGAUGGUGAUGAAGGCAGGCAGGGGAAAGCUGGGGGAUGUGAGUGGGAGAAGCAGUGGUACUGGUUUAUCUUUCUCCAUCAUGCACAUCCUUCACGCCUCUUCCUGCCUAUGGGUUGCUCAGCCCAGCUGGGUGUCUCCAAAAUGCAGCAGCACUGGCAGGAAGGAAGUGGAGGCAGCUGGAGCAGAGAUAAACAGUUUUGCUCAGCACAGGCCAGCUUGCACUGCCCCACCAAGCACUCCCCAGUGCCCCACUGCCAACAAAGCCCAUGCAAAGGUGCUCCUGACCCCUGAGAGCCAGAGCUGUGGAGGUGGAGGUACAGGAGGUAGGAAGCAGGCACAGAGAGCAUCCGUGCUUCUGGGAGCUGCCUGGCAGGCAGGUAGGCUCCUGCCCUUGAUUUUCCUCCAGCUUGGACACCCAUGUGGGACAACCAGCUUCUUCCACAGGCUGAAAUGCUGCGGAAGAGUUGUGUUUGCUAAAUACAGGCAGCACGGGGAGGUAAUGGGAGGCAGACCCUCAAUGGCAUCUGCUGCUGUAGAUGAUCCCCCCCUUUCUGCCCUUCUGCUCACGCCAGCCAUCCUUGGUUGCAGCCUCCAUCCCCUCCCCAGAGAGAGGUGCCCACCACUGGUGGAGGGGGCACUGUGGUUCGCACACCCCCACCCUGACUCCUCUUGGGUUUAUUUAUUGCACGAACAUAAGUUAUUUUCACGUCCUCUUUGCCAUUCCGCCUCUCGGCACAGCCAGGAUGUUGGUACAGAGCCGUACUUUAUAUUUUAUAUAUACAAAUCACAUUUUAUCUUAUAUAGAGAAAAAAAUAUACUUAUUUAUUUUCUGACUUACAGUAUGUGUCCUACCUGACUCCUCUGUAUUUUGUAGACUUUACAAAUAAAGCAAGUUCUUUGUCGUUGGGUUUUUUUUCCACA